AUGGAUGCUGGUGGUUUAGAACAGGAGAUGGAGGAGAAGUGUAUUGUAAUGGAUGCUAGUGGUUUAGAACAGGAGCUGGAGGAGAGGUGUAUUGUAAUGGACGCUGGUGGUUUAGAACAGGAGCUGGAAGAGAGGUGUUUUGUAAUGGACGCUGGUGGUUUAGAACAGGAGCUGGAGGAGAGGUGUAUUGUAAUGGAUGAUGUUGGUGUAGAACAGGAGCUGGAGGAGAGGUGUAUUUUAAUGGAUGCUGGUGGUUUAGAACAUGAGCUGGAGGAGAGGUGUAUUGUAAUGUAUGCUGGUGGUUUAGAACAGGAGCUGGAGGAGAGGUGUAUUUUAAUGGAUGCUGGUGGUUUAGAACAUGAGCUGGAGGAGAGGUGUAUUGUAAUGGAUGCUGGUGGUUUAGAACAGGAGCUGGAGGAGAGGUGUUUUGUAAUGGAUGCUGGUGGUUCAUAACAGGAGCUGGAGGAGAGGUGUAUUGUAAUGGAUGCUGGUGGUUUAGAACAGGAGCUGGAGGAGAUGUGUAUUGUAAUGGAUGCUGGUGGUUCAUAACAGGAGCUGGAGGAGAGGUGUAUUGUAAUGGAUGCUGGUGGUUUAGAACAGGAGCUGGAGGAGAGGUGUAUUGUAAUGGAUGCUGGUGGUUUAGAACAGGAGCUGGAGGAGAGGUGUAUUGUAAUGGAUGCUGGUGGUUUAGAACAGGAGCUGGAGGAGAAGUGUAUUGUAAUGGAUGCUGGUGGUUCAUAA